AUCCAUAGCAUAUCCUGUAUGAAUGCGGGGAAAAUGUUUACAAAUUGAAUGUCAUACAAAACUUUUUUUUUUUUUAUCAAAGGUGUCACAGGAAUCCCAGUAAUUUAUAUAAAAGGAUCUGUUGUUCGGGAUGACACAUGCUACGAAUAAACUGCCGACAUUUGAGGAAAUCGUAAUUUUUUUUAGUGGUUAGUGAAGGUUCUUGGUUUGCUAGGUGCGCUGUACAGUAGGUAGCCAGUCUUCCGGGGAGGCUUUUUGGCUUAUUGACUGAAGAAGUUGGUUGACUAGUAGUGACACUAAUUAGUCACAAAAUAGUUUUAUUCGUCGUAUGAAUUAGUAGGAUUAAACUAGUUUUGAGUACAGUCAUUUCAUCUGAAACGAAAGGCAGACUUGAAACGGGUCAUUAAACACAUACGUCGACGUUGAACUGCCAAUACGGUGAUGACUUGUAAAUAAGAAACGUGCCGUGACACUGACAAUAUGGAGGAUGACUGGAGGCCGUUGCUGGGCCCUGACUGGUCCGGGGAGAGCUACACCACCCGAAGUGUCACCGAUUCGCUGGACUCAAAGACCAGGAGGCCGUUUCAUGUGGAGCCUCGGAAUAUUGUCGAGGAGGAUCCUCUGGAGCGGGUCUCCGCAGAGGCCUCCAUCAUGAGCAGCAGGGUGAACUACUACAGUCGCCUGACGGGCUCUUCGGACAGACUACUGGUUCCCCCAGACCAUGUGAUCCCAGCUCCAGAGGAGAUUUAUGUUUACAGCCCUUUAGGGACCGCGUUUAAAGUGCACGGAGGUGACGGCUCAGCCAGAAAUCCCAGCAUUGUCACCAUUUUCGCUAUAUGGAACGCUAUGAUGGGGACUUCGAUACUGAGCAUACCCUGGGGCAUCAAGCAGGCUGGCUUUACGUUCGGGAUCCUUAUUAUCGUCUCUGUGGGCCUGAUGACCUUGUACUGCUGUUACAGAGUUCUAAAAUCACCCAAAUCCAUACCAUAUAUCGAUACCUCAGACUGGGAGUUCCACGAUGUCUGUAAAUAUUACCUCGGGGCACCUGGCCAGUGGUCUAGCCUUAUCUUUUCUAUGGUGUCGCUGAUUGGUGCAAUGGUCGUCUAUUGGGUCCUUAUGUCCAACUUCCUGUUCAAUACGGGCAAAUUCAUAUACAAUUAUGCCCACAAUAUCAGUAUGGCUGAUGCUGAUUUUGGAACUAAUGGGACUGACAGAGUGAUCUGUCCGUUCCCGGCUACUCACCCGGAGCGGAACGGCAGCCUCACCCUGUUUGCCCUGAGUGACAACAGCACAGAGGCACCGCUCUUCGAACACCUGUGGAGCAAAACGAACACAGUCCCUUUCUACCUCAUCAUCUUACUCCUCCCACUUCUCAACUUCCGCUCUGCCUCCUUCUUUGCGAGGUUCACCUUCCUAGGCACCAUAUCUGUGAUAUACCUGAUCUUCCUGGUCACACUUAAAGCAUUUCGGUUGGGGUUCCACCUUGAAUUCCACUGGUUUCACCACACAGAAUUCUUUGUCCCAGAAUUCAGAGUGCUGUUCCCACAGCUGACGGGUGUUCUCACUCUGGCCUUUUUCAUCCAUAACUGUGUUAUCACCUUGAUGAAGAGCAAUCAACACCAGCAAAACAACGUUCGGGACUUAUCAGUGGCAUACCUGCUGGUGGGAGUAACCUACCUAUACGUGGGGGUUUUGGUCUUCGCUGUCUUCCCAUCCCCACCGCUCUCUAAGGAGUGCAUCGAGCCGAACUUCCUGGACAAUUUCCCCAGUAGCGACAUUUGGGUGUUCGUCGCACGGACAUGCCUGUUCUUCCAGAUGACCACGGUCUACCCAUUGCUCGGCUACCUCGUACGGGUGCAGAUUAUGGGCCAGAUUUUUGGCAAACACUACCCAGGUUUCUUUCAUGUGCUGUUUCUGAAUGUUGUCAUCGUGGCAGCCGGCGUGCUUAUGGCAAGGUUUUAUCCUAACAUCGGCUCCAUAAUCAGAUACGCGGGGGCGUUUUGUGGCCUCGCCCUGGUGUUUGUGCUGCCCUCGGUGGUGCACAUGAUCUCCCUUCGCCGAAUCGGAAAGCUCCGCUGGCCCUCUGCCACCUUUCACAGUCUUCUGAUAGUUCUGGGGAUUGCCAAUCUGCUGGGACAGUUCUUUAUGUGAUGCCACCUGGUGGACUGCACAUGCAGUGGCAGAAGUCUACGCAACGAGACGGUUGCUCUCUCGCAUACAGGGCCGUCCAAGACAACUGUGUGUGUCAUCUAAAGCAGUGACUAAUUGGCAAGGAAUAUUAAUAUAAAUUUUAUCAAACUCAAACAUCAGUUUGGACUUGAAGCUGGUUUUAAGACCGUGGAUCCUUUAAAGAGUAAAAGCAUCCCUCUCUAUACAUUUAAUAAUUUUAAAUGUUAAUUGCACUUGUUACUGAUAUUUUGGUAUCCAAAUACAAAUUCAGCAGCCACAUGAAUGACAGCGUUUGAACCCCCCCCCCCCCCCCCCCCCCCCGAUGUGAUUGACCCGUUUCUAUAUAAUCUAAAUAAAGUUAAUGGGGUUGCCUGUUUCAGGUGAUUUGGAUCAAUGUGAUAUUUAUAAAUAUAUAGAAAAGUAAUAUUUUUUUUUUUUACCAUGUCUUGCCUAGUAACAGAGAUGUUUCUUACUAAUGUGAACUUAAUGGUGGAAGAUUCCAGAAUCUGUAAGGAUCUUGUUGCCAGGAUGCAGGGGAUUCAAAGAGGCUCAUAAUUUGUAAAUGUGUGGGGACCAAGUGGUUUAAAAGUCCAGGGUUUGUCGUGCUGGUGCCGUCAGUAAUUAUGUAUUUCAGGAUGCCCUCCUCACGCCACACUUCCGUUCAUACAGAAUGAGGUGCUUUUCUGUAACUCUCCCAUGGUGCAGGUCGGUCUUCAGUGUGGUGACAGGUGAUCCACUAUAAUAUGGACCUAUUCUGGCCUGCCUCGUCUCUGCUUUUUUUCCCCAGACGAUUUUUCUUUUCUUUUUGCCCCCCCCCCCCCCCGGGGUUGUUCCUUCAUGUGGACUACGCAGCUUUUCCUGUCUCUGUUUUUCUUAGCACAGGGGGGCUUGUUCCACGUGUCUGCAAUUUACUCUGAUCCUGUAGUGACCUGUUAUUUUAAAAGCUAAAUUUAAGGCCGUGUCACUCUGAUCUGACUCCAAACGGAUCACAGUCAGCGAGCUCUGCAUGUGACACUUUGCUUGAACAUGGUGUUUUAAAUGUUUAAAAUUGGCACCUUAAUGUGGGGAUAAAAAGUUGUACUGAUGAAAGUAUAUUUGGGUCUGGUAAAACACCAGGUGGUUCCGCUAAUAUUUAUGCCAUGAAACAGCUGCAUUGAAUAAUGUUAAAAACAGAAGGAACUUGAAUUAUUUUGCAUACUUACUUCCCUGAACUGUAGCUUCAUCUAAAAUGACUGAUGACUGUUCUGUAGUAAAUCAGUUCUGUGUGUUGGUAAAUGUAAAUGUCUACCUGCAAGCAGUGUGCCGGUUGCUUUUAAUGUUGGAAGAAAGUUUUUUGCGCUUCUGUAGACGUUUUCCAUACACCAGUAGAUGCAUACUGUCACAGAUAACCUGUAAGCUUGGUGUUCCCACUUCCCUGUCUCGUCCCCUCUGUGCAGCAAUCAUACCAUAUGAUGGUCUAAUGACAUGAGGCCUUUCUGUAUUUACAGUGCAUUUUGCUUGCCUUUUUAAAUAGCAGAUUCUGUUCACUGUAAAAGCUGGUAAUAAAUGCUGGUUUUGAAAUCA